CCGAUCACGUCGACCAUCGGCUUGCCAACCCGUGCCAAAGACCAUCUUGGCGCCGCCAACAUGUGCGAAAUUCGUCGCCCUGAGAUUACUUAGUAUACACUGUUCGAUCUUUUGUGAGCUGGCGGCCUGGUUAGCACCCCAUUCCCGGCAUCCACACCUCUCGCGCAACCGUCAGCCAUGACGAACACGGUCAGGCAGGCGACCGAAGCAGCACGGACUAAGGGCUCUGAGGUUAUCGGCACGGCCAAAACCAUGAAGAACGACGGGGUCGCGGUCGCCACAGACUUCCUCCACACACCGUUUAUGCGGGCGGCCCUCCCCUUCAUCAAUGGCGGAAUCAGCGGCAUGGUCGCCACGACGGUGAUCCAACCCGUCGACAUGGUCAAGGUGCGCAUGCAGCUCGCGGGCGAGGGUAAGGCGGGCGGACCGAAACCGACACCGCUGUCCGUCACACGCGAAAUCAUCGCCAGCGGCAAGGCCCUGGAUCUGUAUACGGGCCUGUCGGCGGGCCUGCUGCGGCAGGCGGUGUACACGACAGCGCGCCUCGGCUUCUUCGACACCUUUAUGGGCGGACUGGCAACCCGCGCCAAGGCCAAAGGGCAAAGCGUGGGCUUCGCGGAGCGCGCAACGGCGGGUCUCACAGCGGGUGGUCUGGCGGCGAUGAUCGGGAACCCGGCGGAUCUCGCGCUGAUCCGCAUGCAGAGCGACGGGCUCAAGCCGAUGGCCGAGCGCAAGAACUACAAGUCGGUCAUCGACGCGCUCAGCUCGAUCGCCAAGAGUGAGGGCGUCGGGGCGCUGUGGGCCGGGGCGGCGCCGACGGUGGUGCGCGCCAUGGCGCUCAACUUUGGCCAGCUGGCCUUCUUCAGCGAGGCCAAGGCGCAGCUCAAGGCGAGGACGACGUUGUCGGCCAACGCCCAGACGCUGAGUGCGAGCGCCGUCGCGGGCUUCUUCGCGUCCUUCUUUUCCCUGCCCUUCGACUUUGUCAAGACGCGGCUGCAGAAGCAGCACAGGGGGCCCGACGGGAAGCUGCCGUACAACGGCAUGGCGGAUUGCUUCGCGAAGGUGGCGAAGCAGGAGGGCCUGAUGAGGUUCUAUCGCGGGUUCGGCACAUACUAUGUUCGCAUUGCGCCACACGCGAUGGUGACCUUGAUCGUGGCCGACUUUCUUGGAUUCAUCACCAAGUAGGAGACCGUUGGUCUGCAUCUUGGCUUGGAUUUUCUUUCGUUCUUCUUUUUUUGAAUCGUUAUUGGCGUGGUAUCAGGGUGCUGUCCAUACCUGUUUUCUCUGGAGUUGGUAGGUCCGGUUUCAUUAUGGGUUGUGCUUCUGGGACAUGGCAGUUGGUAUACCACAUCUGGAGGGACGAGGCCAUACAGAGCCUCUGCACUGGUCUGAGUUGUUUGACGCAAGAGAGUUCUCAACUUAU